GCUGCCUUACGGCACCUGCGUCAAAGUCCGCUUACUUUACUCAAGACUGGUGGUGACUGAAGUGCUUACAGAUUUGGAGGCAUUUGGAUGUAGGUGAGCCGCCUCAUUCGUGCUCUCCGUACCCCCUUCCCACGUCUAUCGCCCGGACGGCCACUGACUACGGUCGGUGUCCUCCCCGCGGUACCCGAAUCAUGCCUGUCCCCGCUGGAUACCUCCGUAACACCCCCAUGGCCUUCACAUCCUCGACCUCGCUUAUCCCGGCUCCCCCGAUCAACACCCACCAGCCCGGGGUUGUCGCCUCGCUUCUGUACAGCGGCUCCAAGUUCCGAGGACACCAGAAGAGCAAAGGCAACUCCUACGAUGUCGAGGUUGUUUUGCAGCAUGUGACCAUGGAAGCCUCAUACUUGUGUGGGUACUUGAAGAUCAAAGGGUUGACAGAGGAGUACCCCACUCUGACUACGUUCUUUGCUGGGGAGAUCAUCAGCAGGAAGCGUCCAUUUCUAACCAGGAAGUGGGAUGCAGAUGAGGAUGUGGAUCGCAAGCACUGGGGCAAAUUCCAAGCCUUCUACCAGUAUGCAAAAACGUUCAACUCGGAUGAGUUUGACUAUGAUGAGCUGAAGAACUCUGACUACAUUUUCAUGAGGUGGAAGGAGCAGUUCCUGGUCCCUGAUCACACCAUUAAAGACAUCAGCGGUGCUUCCUUUGCUGGUUUCUACUAUAUUUGCUUCCAGAAGUCCACAGCCACCAUUGAGGGGUACUACUACCACAGGAGCUCAGAAUGGUACCAGUCUCUGAACCUCACCCAUGUUCCAGAACACAGUGCAGCCAUCUAUGAGUUUCGCGUGGGCAAUAGGACACACGCCUUUGUUAGCCAGUCUUACCGCUGUGUGGGGCCCUACAACACCAAGGACACUAAGAACAGGCCUUUUAAAGUGGCCUUGGAUGAGAGGCUGGACGUGCUCAUCAAAGACCCAGCAGGCUGGUGGCUGGUGGAGAACGAGGAUAAACAGUUGGCCUGGUUCCCUGCUCCCUACCUGGAGAUGUGUGAGGCAGAGGAGGAUGAAGAUGAAAUGAAUGGAAUUCCCUUGGGGGGAACUCUCUACUGUGCUGUGAGGAGUUACUCCACUAACAAUAGUGACGAGGUGCCUGUUCCUAUUGGCUCUGUGGUAGAGGUGCUGAGGAAAUCAGAUGACGGUUGGUGGUUCAUCGGGUAUAAUGGAAGGAUGGGCUAUGUUCCUUCCAUGUACCUGCAGCCCUACAACAACCCACGUGCUGGCCUCCACACCCUGCAGAGGAAGCUGCACAGCUCCUCUCUCAAUCUGGCAACCCACAUGAACAGCUCUACUCUCAACCUGGCAUCAAGUGGUGGAAGCCAAUCUAGCAACCGCUACCCAGCCACCCUGUAUGAGGAGACAGAGCUUAAGGAGCAUACUACCCAGCCCAGGGGUAAUCCGUACCGGGCUCCCCAUCUCCAAAAGACCCGCUCUCUGGAGCUCCUGUCUGAGACCCGUCUCGGCAUGGCCGUCCCUCCAUCCCAAAGAGAGAGAAAAGACCUGGAAUCCACGCCGAAUCCGGCAAACCACAAGAGCACCAUCAGCGGGGCAGAGUCCUCCAUCUCUGACUUCAGCUCGUCAGGCAUUGAGUCUCUGGGCCGGAGUGUCAGGGCAUAUUCCUCCAGUGAGGAGGACCCCCUAAGCCCCCCACACAGCCCCAAGACCUCACCCGAGCCAGGGGAGAGGAAUAGUGGCCGCAGCCGCCCAGAUGAGAGCCUCUCCUCCAGCUCCAGGCCUGAGGCUGGGUCCUGUAAGAUGCUCACCGCUGUCCCCAGGGUGCCCACGCGACCCAGAGCCCAUGAGAUCCUGAGUCGGUGUACCACCAUGACCCGAAAGGCUGCCCUGGCCUCCUGGGGGGAGUUCUCCCUGCAGGACCCCAUCCAGACCCACGAGAAAGGUUGGCAGCAGUGGUAGGGGAAGUGGGAGAUACGGUCAUGGGGAGCCGUGGGGAGUGCUGGUUUUGGGGUUAGGUUAAAACUCGUCUCUCGUGGUCGACUUUACAUGUAGCGCAAUACUUUGAGAAUGGCUCAUGAGACUAUGGUUAAAUUAGCAUAAGAACGCCUAUGCUGUAUGCUACACUAACUAUGACUCCAUCCAACAAUUUUUAUGUGAGUAAUGUACCUGUCAAAUAAAAAACUCUUGACAGGCCUUUUAUCCAUAAUCAGAGUUAAGAUGGGAAGAAAACACAUUGUACUUCUGUUCUUUAUUCAGUAACUUAAAAGUUACGUGACAAAGUACUUUUUCAGAUGUGUAAAGUCUCAUACGCUUUAGAUCUACCCCCUUGUAGUUCACCAAUGACUGGUUUGUUUGUAGUUCACCAAUGACUGGUUUUUUUGUAGUUCACCAAUGACUGGUUUGUUUGUUGUAGCCUACAUUUCAUACUUCUAUUGGUGUCUGAAGUCACUGUUAUUCCAUACUGGAAUUUUACUGUAACUAUUUACCAUUACUGUCUGUAUGCCUUAUAUGCAUGUCUAACUAAUAUAGUGUGCAUUAAACAAUAUC